UGCCCGGGAAAAGCUUAUAAAAACCCAGCCCUGAGUCCAAUGAGAACCUUCCCGCUCUGAACCCACUUCUCCAGCUCCAGCCAAAGGAACAGCCAAAGACACUACUCCAGAUUCAUGGCUUCUAAAGAGAUGAAGGAAGGUCUCCAAGAUACGUUUACCUGCACCAUUUGUCAAGCCUCUCUCACAGACCCAGUGACUGUGGAUUGUGGACACAGGGUUUGCCAAUCUUGUCUUGAUGACUCCAGCCAAGCUUCGGGGUCUUUCUCCUGCCCUGAAUGCAGGAAAGUCUCCCAGUCAAGAGCUUUUAAACUAGCUAUGAGGAGAAGGAAAUAUGCUUUUAACCGCAGACGGGCUCAGAGGUCUGAGGGACCCAGCAAGUGUGACAGACACCUGGAAGCUCAGACGCUGUUCUGUAUGGAUGAUAAGACCUUACUCUGUGUAUCCUGUUCACAAUCCCAGGAACAUGAGGCUCACACGAUCCAGCCCAUAGAAGCAGCUGCUGGGUACUACAGGAAAAAGCUCCAGGAGAAUAUGAAACUUGUACGUGAAACUUUAAAAGAUGUUCAGAAGUUGAUACUAGAGGAGAAGAAGGUACCUCGGACAUGGGCUGUCCUGUGGACAGAACAAGUAGAAAUGCCAAGAAAAACGUUUCAGGAAAAAUUUAAAGAAAUAAGUGAUUUCCUGAGUGAUGAAGAGGAAGAAGUCCACAGUCUAAUGGAACUGGAUGAGGAGGAGAAUGAAAUGUUUGAGCACUUGAAGGAGCAUGAGGUCCAGCAAGAAAUCCAAAACAGAGAGAAAAAGAUGAUGAGCAACUUCCAACUGUCCCAACACAAGAAUGACUUAAGGGAAAUGGUCAUAGCACUGGAAGAAAAGUCUCAGAUGCCAGAUAAGGAACUGCUGCAGGAUGCAGGAAAUACACUGAGCAAGAGUGAGUCACUGUUGCUUCAAAAGCCAGAACCUUUCACACCAUUUCUGAGCCAUUCUUACUGCAUGGAUUUAACCAAAUUUCUGAAGAGAUUUCAAGAAUCUCGACGGGUGCAGUGCCAUUAUCCAUAUGAAUUUACUGAUGACCGAAAGAGGACUAUCACUUUCGCAGAUACUUCCUCAGGUCAGAUGUAUGCUGUUUAUACCUCUGGAAGUCUUCACUACAUUAAUGGGAUGGAUUUGUCUUUUACACGACUGGAUAUGGAUGGCAUGUCUGAAGAAGAGCAAGAAGAUCCCAUCUUUGCCUGUUACUGUGUGCCAGUUGAAAGGGAGAACUCGAUUAGCAAUUACCCUUCUAAACCCUCAAUAGAAUGGCAUUAGGAACAGAUAGAUGCCUGGGCAAACUAAGGACAGAGUUUCAGGAGGGUAUUGAAACUAUAUUCCACUUGUUCACUAGUUACGUGUGUAUCAGGGUAAAAUGUCAGUUUUGGUAAUUAAGAACUUAGUGGAAUCUUGUAUUGUCUUCUCCUUACUUCAACUAUGUCUGGAACAAAUGUGAUCUGCUGAAGAAAAUAAGCUUUAAAGCUUGCCUUCCCCCCUCUCCCACCUAUUACAUUUCCAUCUUGGGAUAUCAUUGAUGGGAAAUGGGUGCUGGACUUUGGAGUAAAGGAAAGACUUGUUGAUUCUCACCUCAGGUACCCGACACACAGGUUGUGCCACAGAUUGAUUCUUACAAAAUAUCACACAAUGUAUAUGAAUAAACAUUUGGUGGGGGGAAGUUUACAAGUGUAUUUGAAAACUUUAUUCAAUGUUUCUAAGCUAUGGGGUGGUGGGGACCUUGGCAGAAAUAAUCAGUCAGGUCUAAUCUAAUUAAACUUUGAUUUUUUGUAGUGCUUCAGAAUUAUUCAAAGUAAUUGCCACAUAACUCCUGAGAAAGGAGUUCCUCUUAAUAAAAAAUUGAUCAACUCUUCAAGGGUCCAGUUUCUUUUGCCUCU